GAGUCGCGAGAUAUAGUCAUUAACCGGCUUAAUUACUCGGGUACUAUCACUACUCGAGCAUCUUUAUUUAAUGAAGAUGAUUUAAACGCGCUGAAUGUAAGAUUUCAACCAGCACCCAAAGACCAGGUUAUUCCUAACGAGAAAGUCGAUGAAUUUCCACACCACUACGUUUGCCCCAAAGUAAACAGAGAUAUGCUCGAUAAAGCAGAAUUCGAUGUUGAUAAAAUUAGCGAUUUUUCAGAUAGUCUCGUCCGAACCUUCUUUUUCAAACUGCAUAACGUCACGAGAAACCAAGGAAUACCUGAAUCUAGGACUGACACGUUGGUCGAUGAUUUGCUUCGUAUUACUCAUCUGAAUAACUGGCCCUUGAAUAUAAAUAUCCAUCCACCAAGCGAACUAAAUAUCUUAAAUGAGCCUUAUGUUUCAGCAACUCCCGAAUUUGUGGUUAAUAAAGGAACAACAUCUAUGGUUAUUGUAGAAGAUAAACACUUCCAAAAUGUUGACCUUGUAAAUAAAUUUGGAGAAUUACAAAUUGCUGGUGAAAUACUUACCUGCGGAAGUGAAAAUAUGCGUGGGGUUGGUAGGAUUCGUGGGGUUGGUAAGAUCACUGAUCAGGUUUUAUUUUCUACUCGUUUUAUCUCUUCCUAUGUUACAUUUUACAAGGCUAAGAUUCCCGCGGGAUAUUGGAGUGAGCUUGCUAAAGGUUUACCAAUAAUUAAUUCAGUUGAAAUCAAAAGAUGGCCAGAAGAGAAUGAUAAAGAAAGUGGUCUUGAUCUCUCAAACCCAGAUGAAAGAAAAUAA